GGAGGCCCGCCGUUUCGCGGCAUGUCGAAAUACCGCUGCCGUCGAGGCGCGUACCGUCGUUCGCUCGAGCAGUUCCGUAUACAUGAUGUCUGCUUAUCGCUGCUGUGAAUUCAUUUAUAGCAAGCAUUUCCUUGCGUUUGUGCGCCUGAAUCUAGCAGUGUGCAAACCUUACCUGAAGUUCAACUUCGUACGCGACUCGCUUCACUUGCCAUUGACACCGCGCUAAAACUUCGCCGCUUGUUUCUUGAACGGCGUACACGUAUUCGGCGUCGCAUAAUUUAUUGCCCUUACGCAGCGUGCCACCCCUGAAAAAAAUCUUCGGCGCCCGAUAUUCGCUGCAAGCCGUGGUACAACAAAACCGAAAGUGGCGGGUCCAUAUUGUAAACGUGCUUUCCGAAGCAGACGACAGAGCUCGGUACUACCCAGUUCAGGACAGAGGACGCUUUUUAGCACCAUUUUCGCAGCGCCCCCUGGGCAAUGCAAGAGCCCGCUUACCCUUGGUCUCAAUUUCCGAUCACAGCGCCGUUAUUUUUCGCCGCUCGUACGCCUAAAAACCGGCCUCACGAACGUGCGCUUGUCCCCCCAGUCACGUGCACUGAAUGGGGGGCGUGCUGUUCUUGAGUGUAGCGUCACGUCGUUCGCCGGCUUCGUUCCGUACGCUCAAAGAUGGUGAAAAAAGUUGUGACAAGGUCUUUCGACGAGUUCCAGGAUGCAAUCAAAUCGCUGGAAACCAAAGACGGAAAAGAUAGACAAGAUUUGGUGCUGUGCUUCUUCGCUGGGUCUGAAGAUGCAAAGGGCAAUAGCUGGUGUCCCGACUGCGUCGCAGCAAAACCCAUUCUGGAAGCAGCGCUCAAAAAGGCCCCCGAGAAGACGACACUGAUCAUGUGCUACAUUGAGAGAGCAAUCUGGAAAGACAUGAGGAACCCAUUCAGAACUGACAAAGAACUUGAGUUGAAAUGCGUUCCAACACUGAUCCGAUGGGGUACAGCUCGGAGGUUAGAUGACGUACAGUGCCAGGAAAGGGACAUGGUUGAGAUGCUCCUUGAAGACUAAGCCUUUCAACAGUGCUUGCACAUGCAAAAAUAAAGCUUGACUUGUCUCAUACACUCUUGCGUGACAGCACCUAGAAUGUUUGGCUUUGUGACAAUGGUGGUGCCCCAUCACACGGUCCCUGUAAAGAAUAAUGGUAGAAUUACCAAAAGCUCAGUCUAUGGCAGUGGUCUCCAAACUUUUUGGCCAGAGAGCCAGAUCAGCAACCAGUGUCAAAAGCCGCACAAUCAAAAAUAAAUUAAUGUUUGCAAAAUUAAAUUUGUAAAUAUACAUUACAUUACUGGGCUCUUAUACCAAUUAAUUGACAUGCUUCUUAAAAAAUAAUUUAUUUUAUUUAUUUGCGCACGGCUUCUGGCAUGACGUUCAGAAAAUUUAAAGAUUAGAAUUUUGCAUUUACCAUUGGUCUCCACAGGUAUGUCAAUUUGAAAUAUUAAAAAUUCGUCGUGGUACACAAGCUUGUUCAUGCUUCGAA